GAAUACGCCCGUUCUCUCAUCCCGCAAUUUGAGCUGUUGCAGCACUUACAACCGGCAGAUACUUCUGAUUUAACGCAGGAAAAGUCAGCCCCCUCGAAAUUGCAGGUGGUGUUGUUGAGGAAGGUGGAGCACACAGACAAAAUGGUGACCAUUCCUGAGUACUAUGAGGGGAAGAAUGUGCUGAUCACAGGGGCCACUGGCUUUAUGGGAAAAGUCCUGCUGGAGAAGUUGAUGCGGUCCUGCCCUGGAGUCAAGGCUGUGUACGUCCUUGUCCGGCACAAAGCGGGCCACGCUCCCCUGGCCCGCAUCGCAGACAUGAUCAACUGCAAGCUUUUUGACAGGUUACGAGAUGAGCAGCCAGACUUUGCUGAGAAGAUAGUGGCUGUGACCAGUGACCUCACCCUACCAGAACUGGACCUGAGCAAAGUGGACCAGGAAACUCUUGCUGACUGCAUCAACAUAGUCUUCCACUGUGCUGCAACCAUCCGAUUCAAUGAGCCUCUAAAAGAUGCAAUGCUACUGAAUGUUCUAGCCACCCAGAAGAUGGUGGCUCUUGCCCACAAAAUGAAGCACUUGGAGGUGUUCCUCCAUGUGUCCACAGCCUACGCCAACUGUGACCGGACACUCAUUGAGGAAGUGGUUUACCCACCUCCUGUUGACUACAAGAAGCUCAUCGACAGCCUAGAAUGGAUGGAUGAGAAGCUGGUCUCUGCGAUGACCCCAGGGCUGAUAGGAAAAAGGCCCAACACGUACACCUACACCAAGGCCAUAGCUGAGUACCUGGUCCAGCAGGAGUGUGGAAACCUCAACGUGGCUAUAAUCAGGCCUUCUAUAGUAGGGGCCAGUUGGAAAGAGCCCUUCCCAGGCUGGAUUGAUAAUUUCAAUGGACCUAGUGGAAUAUUCAUUGCAGCAGGAAAGGGGAUCCUGCGUACCAUGAGAGCGUCCAACAACGCGGUGGCUGACCUGGUGCCUGUGGACGCGGUCAUCAAUACCACACUGGCUGCUGCCUGGUACUCAGGCUCCCAGAGACACACCAGGCCUAAGAGCAUAUUGGUGUACAAUUGCACGACUGGCAGCAUCAACCCGUUCCACUGGGGUGAAGUUGAGUACCAUGUUAUAUCCACUUUCAAGAGGAACCCCCUCGAGCAGGCCUUCAGACGGCCCAAUGUAAAUCUCACAACCAAUCACCUUAUCAAUCAGUACUGGAUCGCUGUAAGCCACAAGGCACCAGCCUUCCUUUAUGAUCUCUGCCUCAGGAUGACGGGAAGAGAGCCCAGGAUGAUGAAGACCAUUACGAGGCUGCACAGGGCCAUGAUGGUGCUGGAGUACUUCACGAGCCAUUCGUGGGUGUGGAAAAAUGACAACGUCACCAUGCUCAUGAACCAGAUGGGUGCUGAUGACAAGAGGAUAUUCAACUUUGACGUGCGACAGCUGAACUGGGCAGAGUACAUGGAGAACUACUGCAUGGGGACUAAGAAGUAUGUCCUGAACGAGGCUGAGUCCGGCCUGCCAGCAGCACGCAAACACCUCAACAAGUUGAGGAACAUCCGCUACACGUUCAACACGGUCCUGGUCGUGUUCAUCUGGCGAGUGUUCAUCGCUCGGUCCCAGAUGGCCAGGAACAUCUGGUACAUUGUGGUCAGCCUCUGCUUUAAGUUCCUGUCCUAUUUCCGAGCAUCCAGCACCAUGAAAUACUGAGUCCACGUGGUGUACUCACCUUGACCCCAUCCACUCUCCUCAAUCCAGCAGCCCAGUCCGCCUUCUCUCCCUCUUGCCCACCCCCCCCCCCUUCAGAUAGCUAUGUAUCCGACAAGGCUCUGCAAAUCCUAUAAUAUUUUGAGUUACUUAAGUGUCUGACAUACUAUUAAUCUACUGUAUGUGAAAUGUCCCCUUUUCUUUGCAGUGUGAUCCCUGAUGUGGGGGGUAGAACUGCAUUUGACUAAGCAUGAAUCUAAUCAGACCCCUGGUCUUAUGAUGCUAAUCUUGUACAUUGAUAGUCAGCCAAACAGAGUUAUUGAUGCCUAGUUUGGUUGUCAUGGAGAUGGAGCAUUGCUUUGCUGACAGCCCCCAGGGUGGUCAGGCGGUGGUUUUGAUUAACAGUUUACAUUUUCCUGCUUGAAUAGGGGUAAAGGCACCCAUAUACUGUAUGCUUGAUGGUGGCAAUGACUAAUACACAAUGACAUGAUCAAGCACGAGGUAGAUGGUAAUAGAUAGGCUUUUUACAGUCCCUAACAGGUAUGAUUAUCUUGCAUCAGCUGACCUUGCAGAGCUAUGUAUUUUUGAAUUGUUUUAAAAGAAUUUUCCAACCAUUUCUGACUGGACUGUCCGCUUAUAAUUCUGGCCCAAAUACCUCAUAGCUCAUGUAGCUCAGAUCAGGCAACUGCUCAAAGGACUUGAUUUUGGAUAGUUUGGGUAGGUAGUCUAAGGGCUCUUUACACUGCUUUCACUGAUGACAGCUAUCAGAAAUGUGCAUCUAUGUCAAUUUUAAAAGAAUGAGUAACUGUUUUUCCCCAUGUUGGUCAUUUAUUUAAUUGUCUGAAAUGGGAGUGUUGUGUUCUGCUUAUGCAUCUCACAUGUUUUGCCUGUUGUGGAGUUUGGGAUAUUCCAUGUAUGGGGAGAGGCCUCUUCUCUUCUGAACACCUUUAUCCCUGUCUCAUGCUAUAAUAACUUUCAAAGGUGGUCUUUAUCCAAUGUUUGCCUGGGUUGUUGGGCACUUGUAACAUUUUAAGCUUUUUUUACUUGUCCAUUUUCCAUGUUGUCUUGUACAUAUUGUCUUAACAUGUUGGACUUACUGUGCACUUUCCUGUGGUUGUAUGCUGCAUGACAUUCAUUCGGAAUGUCCAAUUGUCAUAUAGUCACUUAUACAUACAGUUGAAGUCGGAAGUUUACAUACACCUUAGCCAAAUACAUUUAAACUCAUUUAAUCCUAGUAAAAAUUCCCUGUCUUUGGUCAGUUAGGAUCACACCUUUGUUUUAAUAAUAUGAAAU